AGUCAUCCGAAUUAUACAUCGUCAGCAUUAGAAAUAGUUUUUGUGAUGAUUACCAACUUUCACGACAACUAAUUUCUACAUCAAAAUGACUGAUCAAAAAUCUAAACCUGAAUUGGGUCUUUUGGAAGAAGAUGAUGAAUUUGAAGAGUUUCCAGCAGAAGACUGGGGUGGUGAGGAAGAAGACAAACAAGAUGUAAAUGUUUGGGAAGAUAACUGGGAUGACGAUAACAUAGAUGAUGAUUUCUCGUUACAGCUCAGAGGUGAACUUGAAAAACAAGGAAAGUCUAUGGAUGGACAAGAACCGAUGAAAACGUAGCAUUUUAAUAGGAACCAUCUCAUCUGUCAUUCAGUCUUCUGUUCAUGCAUCAUGACUGCCAUUUGUAUUUCAUAAUUUUGUUCAAGCGAACCUUAAAAAAUAUUUGAAUUUUGUCAAAAUAAAUUCUGGAAAAAUAUAUUGCUAAAAUCGUCAGUGUAUUUUGCUACUUAAGUCAGUAAAUUAAACAGGAAUGUGAAUUUGCCUUUUGAAUUUAAAGACACUCCUUAAAUUAUGUUAUUGUUUUCAUAAAAAAAAUCUCAUCAGUUGUGUCUUAUGUUGUCAUAAUAAAACUUUAAAAAAUG